AUGCCUACCCUAACCAGUUUAGUUAGCUAUCUUUACGUGGCUCUUAGUUUAACGUCUCCUCAUAUUGAGGUAAAUGGCGCCCCCUUGGAUCAGCGUGAUAUCAUAAUCAACCCAAGUUUUCAUGAAUUUAAACCGCUUCGGAGACGUGCUUCUUACAAAGCCUUGCUUGCGCGAAGCCCCCAAGAAACAACUGCCUCAGCAACUGAAGUCAAAAAGGCAACAUCCAAGACUGACAAGAAGCAAAAUAAAAACGCGCUUAACGAAGCCGGAAGGAACGAUGCCAAGGAACUUAGGAGAGCAGCUUCUGAUCUAUUAAAAGCCACAAAUAACGUUGAUCAAGACGUUUUAAUCAUCCAAAAUCCAAACUCUUCGGCAGAGGAAAUAAAAAAAGCAGCUGAGGAUGCAUUGAAGAAUGAAGAAGCCGAAGACUUCCCAAGAGAGGCGCUGGCCAGUGUGGCUCUAGAUCCAGCAGCUGCUCAAGGGGCGCUUGCUGUAGUCAGAGAUCAAGGUCCAACUGUUGUCCAAGCCUUUAAAGAGAUACAUAAAAAUGCUGAAGAUAAGGCCAAAGUCCGAGAAGAAUUGGCAAAGGUUACACUUGCCCGGCUUCAGGUAGUUCCUGCAAACUUGGCUCUGAUUGGCGAUAUUCCAGGUGGCAGCAGGCGGCUUAUUUCCAAGGUUGCAAUUGGCCCAAGUCAACAAGCUAUUGGUAAGAACAUAACGGAUGCCACUCAAAAGAAAACCGUCGAGGAACAACAAAAGAAUCUAGCCAGCCAAACUAAGAUUGUGGAUGAGCAAAUGUCAAUCAUUCAGAAAGAAGGCUCUAAGCCCGAAGAAAUUGAGCAAGCUGCUAAGAAAGCUUUAGUGCAGGAAGCAGGCGAGGAAUUCGCCAGAAUUGUUCUGGCGAGUGCUGCCACGGACCCUAAGGGAGCAAUGGCGGCAUUAGCAGAGGUAAGGCAAAAUGGACCAUCAAAAGUAGUACAUGGAUUAAAGUUGAUUGAGUCUAACGCAAAGGACCCAGCUGCUGUUAAGAAGGCGGCUGAUUUGGUGGUUGAGGGCCGCAAACAUGUUGUACCAGCAAACUUGAAACUGAUUGAACUAUCCGGAGGGUCUGCAAGUUCAAACACAAGCGUAGGCACUGGAUCAGCUUCUGCAGACGUAGCUAAAGACACCAAAAUAGCCUUAGCCACAGCUUUACCAACCACUGGAGCAGCUGCAACCACGGCUGCUGGAGCAACUACCGCAGCCUUGACUUCUGCAGACCCAGCAAAGGAGGCAAAAGAAGUUUUGACGGCGGCUCUGACAAGUGCAAAUCCAGGAGCGGCUUUAGCAGCAUUGAAAGAUGCCACAGGAACAAAAAUUUGA